GUGGCGGCGGCGGCGGCGGCGGCAGCGGCAGAGGCGGCGGCUCCAGCUCCGGCUCCUGCUCGGGCUCCGGCUCCAGCUCGGGUGGCGGUGGCGGGAGUGGGAUCCGGUAGCGGCGGCGGCGACAGAAGAGGAGCGGGAGCAGCGGCCCCAGCGGCUUGGGGGGGACAUGCGGACCGACGGCCCCUGGAUAGGCGGAAGGCGCGGAGGCCCCGGUGCCCUGCUCUCAGUGCUGGUUGUCCAGGAGUGACGGGCGUGAGCAAGCCAAGACCUGGGAAGCAAGUUGAAAACUCUGGGUCUGGAGUAGAGCUUCCCCGUACGUCCUCCGGUCUCAGUAGCCCCUGCCCCUACUCAGGUUGAGAGAGUGACCUGAAGGCCUCGUGUACUCUCUCCCUGCAGCGUGACUGGUUGAUUGUCCUGGGCUGCGGCUGGAGGUGGUCCUGGAGCCCUGGAUGGCCCCCAAGCCAGCCCCAGGGAGGACGAUGAUGCCCCUCGUGCCUGCGCUCGUGGUGCUUGGCCUGGUGGCGGGUGCCCAUGGCGACAGCAAACCUGUCUUCAUCAAGGUUCCUGAGGACCAGACUGGGCUGUCCGGAGGGGUGGCCUCCUUCGUGUGCCAAGCCACAGGGGAGCCCAAGCCGCGCAUCACAUGGAUGAAGAAGGGGAAGAAAGUCAGCUCCCAGCGCUUCGAGGUAAUCGAGUUUGACGACGGGGCGGGGUCGGUGCUGCGGAUCCAGCCGUUGCGGGUGCAGCGAGAUGAAGCCAUCUACGAGUGCACGGCCACCAACAGUCUGGGCGAGAUCAACACGAGCGCCAAGCUGUCGGUGCUUGAAGAGGAACAGCUGCCCCCCGGGUUCCCCUCCAUCGACAUGGGGCCUCAGCUGAAGGUGGUGGAGAAGGCGCGCACGGCCACCAUGCUGUGCGCUGCGGGCGGGAAUCCCGACCCUGAGAUCUCUUGGUUCAAGGACUUCCUCCCUGUGGACCCUGCCACGAGCAACGGCCGCAUCAAGCAGCUGCGUUCAGGUGCCUUGCAGAUCGAGAGCAGCGAGGAGUCAGACCAAGGCAAGUACGAGUGUGUGGCGACCAACUCCGCAGGCACGCGCUACUCGGCCCCCGCCAACCUGUACGUGCGAGAUCAGCGAGAAGUGCGCCGCGUGGCUCCGCGUUUCUCCAUCCCUCCCAGCAGCCAGGAGGUGAUGCCAGGCGGCAGCGUGAACCUGACGUGCGUGGCCGUGGGCGCGCCCAUGCCCUACGUGAAGUGGAUGGUGGGGGCCGAGGAGCUCACCAAGGAGGACGAGAUGCCGGUCGGCCGCAACGUGCUGGAGCUCAGCAACGUCGUGCGCUCCGCCAACUACACCUGCGUGGCCAUCUCCUCGCUGGGCAUGAUCGAGGCCACGGCCCAGGUCACCGUGAAAGCGCUGCCGAAGCCUCCGAUUGACCUUGUGGUGACAGAAACAACUGCCACCAGUGUCACCCUGACGUGGGACUCUGGGAACUCAGAGCCUGUGUCCUACUACGGCAUCCAGUACCGGCCAGCGGGCACGGAGGGCCCCUUCCAGGAGGUGGACGGCGUGGCCACCACCCGCUACAGCAUCGGCGGCCUCAGCCCUUUCUCCGAGUACGCCUUCCGCGUGCUGGCCGUGAACAGCAUCGGCCGCGGGCCGCCCAGCGAGGCGGUGCGGGCGCGCACGGGGGAGCAGGCCCCCUCCAGCCCCCCGCGCCGCGUGCAAGCGCGCAUGCUGAGCGCCAGCACCAUGCUGGUGCAGUGGGAGCCGCCCGAGGAGCCCAACGGCCUGGUGCGGGGCUACCGCGUCUACUACACCCCCGACUCCCGCCGGCCGCUGAGCGCCUGGCACAAGCACAACACAGACGCCGGGCUCCUCACCACCGUGGGCAGCCUGCUGCCCGGCAUCACCUACAGCCUGCGCGUGCUGGCCUUCACCGCCGUGGGCGACGGCCCCCCCAGCCCCACCAUCCAGGUCAAGACGCAGCAGGGAGUGCCCGCCCAGCCCGCGGACUUCCAGGCCGAGGCGGACUCAGACACCAGGAUCCGGCUCUCGUGGCUGCUGCCCCCGCAGGAGCGGGUCAUCAAGUACGAGCUGGUGUACUGGGCGGCCGAGGACGAGGGCCAGCAGCACAAGGUGACCUUCGACCCCACCUCCUCCUACACUCUGGAGGACCUGAAGCCUGACACGCUGUACCGCUUCCAGCUGGCCGCCCGCUCCGAGAUGGGCGUGGGCGUCUUCACCCCCACCGUCGAGGCUCGCACGGCACAGUCCACCCCCUCCGCCCCUCCCCAGAAGGUGACGUGUGUGAGCGUGGGCUCCACCACAGUCCGGGUAAGUUGGGUGCCACCGCCGGCCGACAGCCGCAACGGCGUUAUCACCCAGUACUCGGUGGCCUACGAGGCAGUGGACGGCGAGGACCGUGAGCGGCACGUGGUGGGCGGCAUCGGCCGCGAGCACUCCAGCUGGGACCUGGUGGGCCUGGAGAAGUGGACGGAGUACCGGGUGUGGGUGCGGGCGCACACGGACGUGGGCCCCGGCCCCGAGAGCAGCCCGGUGCUGGUGCGCACCGACGAGGACGUGCCCAGUGGGCCACCGCGGAAGGUGGAGGUGGAUCCACUGAAUUCCACGGCUGUGCGCGUCUCCUGGAAGCUGCCCGUCCCCAGCAAGCAGCACGGCCAGAUCCGAGGCUACCAGGUCACCUACGUGCGGCUAGAGAACGGCGAGCCUCGGGGCCCGCCCGUCAUCCAGGACGUCAUGCUGGCCGAGGCCCAGUGGCGGCCAGAGGAGUCCGAGGACUAUGAAACCACCAUCAGUGGCCUGACCCCGGAGACCACCUACUCCAUUACCGUGGCCGCCUACACCACCAAGGGGGACGGCGCCCGCAGCAAGCCCAAGAUCGUCACGACCACGGGGGCAGUCCCAGGCCGGCCCACCAUGAUGGUCAGCACCACGGCCAUGAAUACCGCGCUGCUGCAGUGGCACCCGCCCAAGGAGCUGCCCGGCGAGCUGCUCGGGUACCGGCUGCAGUACCGCCGGGCCGACGAGCCGAGGCCCAACACCAUCGACUUCGGCAAAGACGACCAGCACUUCACCAUCACGGGCCUGCACAAAGGGGCCACCUACAUCUUCCGGCUCGCUGCCAAGAACCGGGCCGGCCCGGGGGAGGAGUUUGAGAAGGAGGUCACGACCCCCGAGGACGCGCCCAGCGGCUUCCCCCAAAACCUGCGCGUGGUGGGGCUGACCACCUCCACCACGGAACUGACCUGGGAGCCCCCGGUGCUGGCGGAGAGGAACGGGCGCAUCACCAACUACACGGUGGUGUACCGCGACAUCAACAGCCCGCAGGAGCUGCGCAGCGUCACCGCCGACACCCACCUGACGCUCUCCGGCCUCAAGCCAGACACCACGUACGAUGUCAAGGUCCGCGCUCACACCAGCAAAGGCGCCGGCCCGCUCAGCCCCAGCAUCCAGUCCCGGACCAUGCCCGUGGAGCAAGUGUUUGCCAAGAACUUCCGAGUGGCGGCUGCCAUGAAGACGUCGGUGCUGCUCAGCUGGGAGGUCCCCGACUCCUACAAGUCGGCCGUCCCCUUCAGGAUCCUGUACAACGGGCAGAGCGUGGAGGUGGACGGGCACUCCAUGCAGAAGCUGAUCGCAAACCUGCAGCCGAACACGGAGUACUCGUUCGUGCUGAUGAACCGCGGCAGCAGUGCGGGCGGCUUGCAGCAUCUCGUGUCCAUCCGCACCGCCCCCGACCUGCUGCCGCACAAGCCGCUGCCGGCCUCUGCCUUCAUAGAGGACGGCCGCUUCACCCUCUCCAUGCCCCACGUGCAGGACCCCUCGCUCAUCAGGUGGUUCUACAUCAUGGUGGUGCCCAUUGACCGCGUGGGAGGGAGCAUGCUGGCGCCACGAUGGAGCACGCCCGAGGAGCUGGAGCUGGACGAGCUGCUGGAGGCCAUCGAGCAAGGCGGCGGGGAGCGGCGGCGGCGGCGGCGGCGGCAGACAGAGCGGCUGAAGCCAUACGUGGCCGCCCAAGUGGACGUGCUGCCUGAGACCUUCACCCUGGGGGACAAGAAGAGCUACCGGGGCUUCUACAACCGGCCCCUGUCUCCAGACCUGAGCUACCAGUGCUUUGUGCUCGCCUCUCUGAAGGAACCCGUGGAUCAGAAGCGCUACGCCGCCAGCCCCUACUCCGACGAGAUCGUGGUGCAGGUGACUCCGGCGCAGCAGCAGGAGGAGCCCGAGAUGCUGUGGGUGACGGGCCCCGUCCUGGCCGUCAUCCUCAUCAUCCUCAUCGUCAUCGCCAUCCUGCUGUUCAAGAGUAAACAAGAAAGGAAAAGGACCCAGUCCCCAUCGUCCAAGGAUGAGCAGUCCAUUGGGCUGAAGGACUCUCUGCUGGCCCACUCCUCCGACCCCGUGGAGAUGCGGAGGCUCAACUACCAGACCCCAGGUUCCAGUGUCCCCAGUUGCCCGAAUAUCUCAAGUAUGCGAGACCACCCGCCCAUCCCCGUCACCGACCUGGCGGACAACAUCGAGCGCCUCAAAGCCAACGAUGGCCUCAAGUUCUCCCAGGAGUACGAGUCCAUUGACCCCGGACAGCAGUUCACGUGGGAGAAUUCAAACCUGGAGGUGAACAAGCCCAAGAACCGCUACGCCAACGUCAUCGCCUACGACCACUCUCGAGUCAUCCUGACCUCCAUCGAUGGCGUCCCGGGGAGCGACUACAUCAACGCCAACUACAUCGACGGCUACCGCAAGCAGAAUGCCUACAUCGCCACGCAGGGCCCGCUGCCGGAGACCAUGGGUGAUUUCUGGCGGAUGGUGUGGGAGCAGCGCACAGCCACAGUGGUCAUGAUGACGCGGCUGGAGGAGAAGUCCCGCGUGAAGUGUGAUCAGUACUGGCCGGCCCGGGGCACCGAGACCUACGGCCUCGUCCAGGUGACCCUCCUGGACACGGUGGAGCUGGCCACAUACACCGUGCGCACCUUCGCGCUCCACAAGAGUGGCUCCAGUGAGAAGCGGGAGCUGCGGCAGUUCCAGUUCAUGGCCUGGCCGGACCACGGGGUUCCCGAGUACCCAACCCCCAUCCUGGCCUUCCUGCGGCGGGUCAAGGCCUGCAACCCGCUCGACGCGGGGCCCAUGGUUGUGCACUGCAGCGCGGGCGUGGGCCGCACCGGCUGCUUCAUCGUCAUCGACGCCAUGCUGGAGCGGAUGAAGCACGAGAAGACGGUGGACAUCUACGGCCACGUGACCUGCAUGCGGGCGCAGCGCAACUACAUGGUGCAGACGGAGGACCAGUACGUGUUCAUCCACGAGGCGCUGCUGGAGGCCGCCACGUGCGGACACACAGAGGUGCCCGCCCGCAGCCUCUACGCCCACAUCCAGAAGCUGGGCCAAGUGCCUCCCGGGGAGAGCGUGACUGCCAUGGAGCUGGAGUUCAAGCUGCUGGCCAGCUCCAAGGCCCACACAUCCCGCUUCAUCAGCGCCAACCUGCCCUGCAACAAGUUCAAGAACCGCCUGGUGAACAUCAUGCCCUACGAACUGACCCGGGUGUGUCUGCAGCCCAUCCGCGGCGUGGAGGGCUCCGACUACAUCAACGCCAGCUUCCUGGACGGCUACAGACAGCAGAAGGCCUACAUAGCCACGCAGGGGCCCCUGGCGGAGAGCACCGAGGACUUCUGGCGCAUGCUCUGGGAGCACAACUCCACCAUCGUCGUCAUGCUGACCCGGCUGCGGGAGAUGGGCAGGGUGAGCCCGUCCCUGGGGCCCCCGGGACCUGACAGCACACCAGCCCCCCGCCCCCGCACGGCCGUCUCCUCUGCCUCCCAGCCCCAUUCCACCCCCAAAUGCUCUGAAACCCGGAGCCGCCUCCGCCUUCCUCCCCCACCUUCCUCCCCUGACCGUGGGGGCUGGGUCCUCUGUCCACAGGAGAAAUGCCACCAGUACUGGCCCGCAGAGCGCUCUGCUCGCUACCAGUACUUUGUCGUCGACCCGAUGGCUGAGUACAACAUGCCCCAGUACAUCCUGCGCGAGUUCAAGGUCACAGACGCCCGGGAUGGGCAGUCGAGGACGAUCCGGCAGUUCCAGUUCACGGACUGGCCAGAGCAGGGCGUGCCCAAGACGGGCGAGGGCUUCAUCGACUUCAUCGGGCAGGUGCACAAGACCAAGGAGCAGUUCGGGCAGGACGGGCCCAUCACGGUGCACUGCAGCGCCGGCGUGGGCCGCACCGGCGUGUUCAUCACGCUGAGCAUCGUCCUGGAGCGGAUGCGCUACGAGGGCGUGGUGGACAUGUUCCAGACCGUGAAGACGCUGCGCACACAGCGCCCGGCCAUGGUGCAGACGGAGGACCAGUACCAGCUGUGCUACCGCGCAGCCCUGGAGUACCUCGGCAGCUUUGACCACUAUGCAACGUAACUACCGCCCCCCCUCCUCCGCUGCCCCCGCCUGGGGGCUCUGGAGGGGACCCAGCUCCUCUGAGCCAUACCGACCAUCGUCCAGCCCUCCUGCACGGAUGCUGUUGUUGGCAGAGCACAGCCCUCUGAGAUCACAGCGUUUCAGGAACAUUGCCACACCAGACGGAGAGCCCAGCACUCCCCUGGGUGAGGGGGCGGGCGGGCAGGCAGGCGCCGGGCCGUCUCUGCCCCCCAGGCCCGCCCCGAGCCGCUUCGAGUUCUCUGUUCCGCUGCCGCGUUUCUCAUGCUUCUUCUCAUGGGGGGGAUGGGAGCAAAACCUCCUUUUUUUAUACAUUAAGUGGGGUAGACAGGGAUUCUAGCCUCUUCCCUCUGACUUUUCCUUUUGCAAAUUCUUAACUGCAGAAUGGGCUGCUGUGGGGGUUGGGGUGUAGUUUGUUUUCUCCUUUGAGUUCGCGUUGGAUCCUCUUUCUGUUUGAUGCCUUUCAUUUCACUGCUGAGGGAUGGAGCGUGCCUUCCUCGUGUGUGUGGAGCUGGGGCUGCCGGCCUGAGCGGAGGCAUGGCUGAUUCGGCUGCUCUUCCAGCCCUUCAGACAAGAUCCCGUUUCAGCCAAAUGCAGGGAAACACAUUUUUAGAAAAAAGAAAAGAAAAAAAAAAAAAAAAGCCCUGUUUUAUUUUUCCUUAAGAGCCUUAUUUCAGGCCCCACGGACAGUGGUGGGUGGGGAGGAGACGGGAGGCGCUGGUCCCCAGCCGUCAGUUCCCGUGUGUGUGUGUAACCGUCACAGCCCAGGACCAUGGACGUGUCUGGGGAGCCCGGCAGCGUGUUGCUCAUCACCAUCGUGUCUGCAAAGAUGAAAGAUAAAGACCACAAACAAACAAAAACCCGAAAGAAAACCGCGGGAAAAAAAGAGUCACCCCCUGGCCUCUGCUUCAAACGCCUGAGAGGGGAGGCGGCUUCCUGCCCCUGGGAUUCCGCGGGGAGCUGCCGGCCUGACCUCUGGGCCCCCAGAGCCUCGCUUUUGCCCCCCGCAAUGCAGGAUGGCGUGGCCGCAUGGCCAAGGCGAUAGGCACCGGCCCGGCCCUGUGCUGCGCCCCACGCACCUCAGGGCCAAGCAGGGGUGCAGCUGGCCCUGCAGGUCCAGGCCAGUGGGCCUGGCAGCACAUACCUGUCCUCAGAGCAGGGGCCGGAUGACGUGCCUCCCUGGUUUGCAGCUGUUUUCCAAGCCCCUGAAAAUCGCUCGUUUCCACUCCUUCAAGAGGCCCUCCUAAACCAAUGUGGCCAGACUACUGGACUUCUCUGAAUGGGACUCUGCGCAAUGCUUGGGAUCUCGGCUUUCGAGGGGCAGGGAGAGGGUCUCUUCCUCGGGGCAGCACUGUCUAGGUAGGUACGAGGGGGCGGGAGGGGUGCAUAGCUGUUUUAGCCGAGGGACGUGAGGCGGGCGUCCCCGGAUCUAGCUAGGCUGUCAAGAUCAACAAUCCAGGGUUGGAAAUGUUGAAUGAGACAUUCAUUUUUACCUUGUGGAUGCUCGUGCUGUAGAGUCCACUGUUGUACACAGUCUGUUUUCUAUUUGUUAAGAAAACUACAGCAUCAUUGCAUAAUUCUUGAUGGUAAUAAAUUUGAAUAAUCAGAUUUCUUACAAA